AUGUGCCCUAUGUCUGGAAAUCCCCGAGCCCACUUAUAUAGAAUUAAAGUACCCAUCCCUGACAAAAGCUCCGUAAACUCUCCUGCAAAACCCAGCAAUCGUCUACCAAACUCUGAAAAGCUCCCGUUCAUCUGCUCAAAUUUGCUAAUGGAAGAAAACAGUCAUUUAGGGCCUCUCCCGGACGGAAAGGUCCAGGGUCCUGCAAUUCGAGAUGCGUGUAAAUGGAGAGGGUUUCGAAAAGUGCCAAAGCAUUUCCUGGUUGUGUUGCUCCUUUUUGCUUCAGUAUUUGGGUUUGGAAAAUUGUUCCUGGCUCUUGGUGCAGGACCAUGGGCUUAUGUCUUUAGUACGUUGCUUUCUCUACUCUGGAUUGUACUUUUCUUUGUUGUCAAAGUGCUUCUCAUAGAGCAUAAUAGAAGAAACAUUGUGAGACAGCACAGGUUGGAGCUAUGUCGCGAGGUCUUGGUACAAAAGCCGGGAACAGCCUUGGAAAAGUGGGACGCCAUUGCCGUCCUAUUGAACAAGCAAGCAUUGCAGCAUUGUACGUGGGCCCCCUGCGAUGGUGCUACUUUUUUCCGGUAUUUUAGGACACUGGUCUAUAUUCCUUUACAGGAUGGCAAGCUAGAUGGUGACGCACAAAUUGCAAUGCUUCGCGACGCUGCACAGACAUACGAAAAGUCUAUAUUCGAUUGCGAGCAAGAGAACGAAACGACUGAUCAUGUCAGCAGUGUUUCAAGUGAGAAGAAGCUACCUAUAGAGAUCUAUCGGUCCAAGGCCACAUGGAUUCUUUCGGGCUUUAAGAAAGAGAUCUUUUUCACAAAUCUUACUACACCAACUUUAAUGUACAAUCACUGGUGGUUUUUGAUUGCGAUUUAUGAGUGCUACCUUUUGAUUUCAUUCUAUUUCUUUUGGAAUAGAGCAAAUGAGCUUUCUCUCGCAAAUUCGCUGGAGUUCAUGAAUACCGUUCACGAGUUUCGGCCUUGGGAAGAUGAAUCAAAGUGGGACGACAUCGCCAGAGCAAUGAAUGCGACUCUACCGCGUCAACAAAUUGGAGGUUUUGGAAACGAAUUUUUCUUCGACGGAAACAACUGUCGUCGAUUAUACGACAAGAGAUUGUCGUCGAUCAUUGCCGAUCGUCGAUCGAGAUUGCCCGAGCUGAUUCCUUAUGCACAUGAAAUGAGAGCAGCCUGCAGAUCCAAUUUAAAGGGCCAAGUUUGA